GGCCGGCCGCCCGGCUGAUCACGCACCGCCGCCUGCUCAUGUGCGCGGCGCGAGGCUCGAGCCGCCGGAAAAGAGAGCCCAAGCCAAGCAACCGAUAGAUUAUUUUUUUCCUCCACCGAGUGUUGGGGACAAGCUUGUACUCCCUGGUAGCUUGCAUUGGCAGCUCUGCACUACCAUGGCAGUGCGAGUGCUUCCUCUGCUGCUGGUGCUGGUUGCUUCAGUCCAUGGCUACGGCUACGGCCAUGGCGACGGGAAGCUCAGGGUUGGGUUCUACAAGGAUUCGUGCCCGGACGCCGAGGCGAUCGUCCGCAAGAUCGUCGCCAAGGCCGUCCGCAAGGACCCGACGGCCAGCGCGCCGCUGCUGAGGCUCCACUUCCACGACUGCUUCGUCAGGGGCUGCGAGGGGUCGGUGCUCCUCAACUCCACCAAGGGGAACACGGCGGAGAAGGACGCCAAGCCCAACCUCACGCUGGAAGCCUUCGACGUCAUCGACGACAUCAAGGCGGCGCUCGAGAAGGAGUGCCCCGGCAAAGUCUCCUGCGCCGACAUCCUCGCCAUCGCCGCCAGGGACGCCGUCUCUCUGGCCACGAAGGUGGUGACCAAGGGGGAGUGGAGCAAGGACGGGAACCUGUACGAGGUGGAGACCGGCAGGCGGGACGGCAGCGUCUCCAGCGCCAAGGAGGCCGUCAAGAACUUGCCCGACUCCUUCGAUGGAAUCCGGAAGCUUAUCAAGAGGUUUGCGUCCAAGAACCUCAGCCUAAAGGAUCUAGCUGUUCUGUCAGGUGCCCACGCGAUCGGCAAGUCGCACUGCCCGUCGAUGGCCAGGCGGCUGCGCAACUUCACGGCGCACCACGACAGCGACCCGACCCUGGACAGGGCGUACGCCGACCGGCUGCGGCGGCGGUGCCGGAGCCCCCGGGACAGGACGACGGAGCUGGAGAUGGUGCCGGGGAGCUCGGAGACCUUCGACGCGGCGUACUACGGCCUGGUCGCCAAGCGGCGGGGCCUCUUCCACUCCGACGAGGCGCUGCUCCGGAACGAGGUCACCCGGGGGCUCGUGCUCCGGUACAGGGACGCGGAGGAGGCGUUGUUCCUCAGGGACUUCGGGGCGUCCAUGGUGAACAUGGGCAGGGUGGGCGUGCUCACCGGCGGCCAGGGGGAGAUCAGGAGGAGAUGCGCCUUCGCCAACUAGCUAGCUAAGCAAGCUACUAAGCGAGCUGCUUGCUAUGGUGUCUUUAAUUUGUUGCGUUGCCUGUGUUGGUGUUUUGUUGUAGUUUCGAAAAUCUUCCGUUUUAUACAGGUUUAGGGAUUGUUUAGGUUCUAUAUGAUUGUGAACGUUUGGUUUGAUGUUAAUUGUAACUGAAACUUUGGUGGAAUGUGAUAACAUGUUCCAUAAUGUGGACACAAGCAGAAGACUAGCUUUGAUCCUGGCCGAGAAAGGAUGCUUCC